UAACUCCAUAGUAGUUCCCCGCUGAGUUGUUGUUCAGGAACCCCAGGAUGAUUCCAGACAGAGUAAAAAAUCAAAAAUAAAUAUAAAUUCCUCGGCCCGCUCCCGAGUCCUUCACCCCUUGAGUUAACUUGUAACUACUGUAUUUAUCCCUUUCCCUCCACCCCUCUCUUUCUCUUCAUACCUAUCACCAAAAUAAUCUUUCAAUUCUACACACCACACCAAUGCCCACUCCACCCACCAUCGUGAUAAUCGGCGCCUCCGUCGCGGGGCUGCCCAUCGCCCACGCCCUCCUCAAAGACGCGCACCCCAAAAAAGUCAUCCUGAUCAACCCCUCGCGCGACUUCUGGUGGAUGAUCGCCGCCCCACGCAUCCUCACCAAACCCUCCGCCUUCCAGCGCGACCAAUACUUAGUUCCGAUCGAAUCGGGUUUUGCGAAGUACACGCCCGAGCAGUUCGAGUUCGUGCACGGGUACGCCACCGCGCUGGACGCGACGAAGAAAGUCGUGACUGUCUCGCUGGCCAGUGGUCAAUCCCCCCCCACCACCAGCUACGAGUACAACUACCUCGUGAUCGCCUCCGGCAGCACCACCCCGUCCUCCAUCCCCACAGACGCCAACACCCCGCUGUACCCAUUCAAAGCGCCUCCGCUUCCCACUCCAGGGGUGGACCAACUCGACCGCGACCUGGACACGUUGAUCCAGACCGCCCAACAGACCACCACGCGUGCCAAACGCAUUGUCAUCGGCGGCGCAGGCCCCAUCGGCAUCGAAACCGCGGGCGAACUCGCCGAGCUGCCGCACCGACCUGCCAUCACGCUCGUCUCGGCCACGGCGCGCGUGCUGCCCGGUCUCGCCGAGGGUGCGAGCGCGGCCGCCGAUGCGCAGUUGCGGGGGAAGGGCGUGUAUAUCAUCCCCGGGCGGAAGGUGGUGCGCUUUACCCCCGCCAACCUCCAGGCGGCACAACCGGAGGAGGACAGCGCCGGACAAGCUACGACUACUACUCCGCAGCAGCCCGCCGGGGGCAUCGUGGAGCUCGACAACGGAGAGACAAUCGAGACGGACCUAUACAUCCCCACCACCGGCGUGCUGCCCAACAACCAAUUCCUCCCCGCGGAGAUCCUGGACGAGAAGGGGUGGGUGAAGGUUGACGCCCAGUUGCGUGUCCCCGGACUGCAAGGCGUGUGGGCGGCCGGCGAUAUCACCGCCAAUUCGGCGCGGCUGGCCCAGACGGCGGGGCAGCAGGCGACGGUUGCGGCGCAUAAUCUUCUCGUGGAGAUGACGGGGGCGGGGAGCGUCAAGGAGUACGCGGCGGGGAAGGCGUUGAUGGUGGUGCCGGUGGGGGAGCGCGGGGGGACGGGCCAGUUGUGGUUUGGCUGGGUGCCAUGGGCGUGGUUUGUCCGGUUGAUCAAGGGGAGGGAUUUCUUUAUUGCUAAGGCGAAGGAGGCCGUUCAUGGGUGAACGGGGGGUCGACAAAUCUACUACGAUCAGUUCUAAUGUUUAUAUCUAUAUAUGUGUGUAAUUGCGAGUGGAAGAAAAGGGGGGUCCGGGGGUUCUCCCCCGGAACGCUUUAUACCUAGUAGGAAGGUAGGAUGAGGUUUACCAGGAAGCUAAAGAGAAAUGGGGUCUCUCCAGGGGACCCUGAUACUACAUGGGUUACAGCCAGGUGGUGGUGGGGGUCAGGCAGAGUAAGUACCAAUCUGAUUGAAUGUAGU